GAAUUACUGUACUUUUCGUAUGGCACGAUAUCGACACUAAACCAAUGAGCUUUGGGGGUCAGACCUUCUAUCUCGCCGAUUUCCUAGAGUGCGCUAUUGCCCCGGGUGCGCUUCCCUCCGAAAUUACAGUCAGAAAGGUAUUUAGGGUCUUGAAGCCGCUGCGUCUGAAGCUAUCAGGCUCGUUCGACAUCAAUACACAGGAGUUCCGGACAAAGGCCUCGUUGAAGGAGCGCUUCUUUGGUGGCAGUAUUCGAUUCAUUCCGGAGGAGGGCGCCGUUGAGUACCGCAAGCGCUUCAGCGUCUUUGGCAUUAUUGCCGCGCAAGUCUGGAGCCGGUGGGACCUAUUCGGCCCCUACACCGGCAGCAGCGGUAGCGGCAGCAACACCGUUUGCGGUAGCAGCAACGGCUUCUUUGACCGCCUGACGCGGCCGCGUGUCGGCUGCGGCCUGGCUCUGGGCGACGUGCCGCCCGGCUGCGCACUGCUGUCCGCUGCCCGGCUGCCGGCGCUGCUGGUGCGGCCGCUGAGCUACAGCUUCAAGAGCAGCCUGCCGCUCAGCUCGGCGCUGAGGCUCAAAGCCUAUUGUGACGUAACGGUGCGGCUGCCGCGCCGGCUAUCGCUGUGGGUUGACGCGCACGGGGCGGGCGGCGAGGCAUUUGGGGACGAGGAGGAGGAGGAGGCGGGCGGCGGCGCCGUACCAGGAGGCCGUAGUGGUGGUGGAGGAGGAGCGGGUGGCGGCGCGGGGCUGCUGGUGCGGCUGCGCAGGACUGCGCUGAUCAUUGACCUGUGAGGAGCGACAGCGACAGGCACCAGGAAUGAGCUUGGAACGCG